CGGAAGCCGGAAGUGUGUGAAGAUGGACGGUGUCGGUUUAUCUGCUAAUAACAAACAAAAACCAAAUCAGAUGCUGCCAAAUAAAAUGAGGGGAGAAUUCACCCGCAAUCAGCGCAAAGACUCAGAGGGUUUUUCUGAAGCUGCUGAUCUGGAGUUUGAGUAUUCAGAUGCUGAUAAAUGGACUGCAGAACUGUCUGAGUUGUACAGUUACACCGAGGGCCCAGAGUUUCUGCUCAACAGGAAAUGCUUUGUAGAAGAUUUUCACACUCACAUGCCCGAUAAGAAAUGGACGGAGCUGGACUCUGUGCAGCACCGAGCUCAUGCCAUGCGUCUGCUGGACGGACUGGACGUGAUCAGUCGAGAGCGACGGUUAAAAGUCGCCAGAGCUAUUCUGUACAUGGCACAAGGUUCAUUCGGUGAGUGUGGUUCAGAGUUGGAGGUGCAGCACUGGAUGAGGUAUAACAUCUUCCUGCUGUUGGAUGUGGGAGCGUUCACUGCACUCGUCGAGCUGCUCAAUAUGGAGAUUGAGAACAGUGCUGCAUGUAGCAGUGCGGUGAGGAAACCUGCAAUCUCAUUGGCUGACAGCACUGACCUCAGGGUGUUGCUAAACAUUAUGUAUCUGAUGGUGGAAACUAUCCAGCGUGAAGAACCUACGGACAGUCCAGAGUGGAGAACCAUCAGAGAAACCUUCAAAUCUGAACUCGGUUCUCCUCUCUAUAACCACGAGCCUGUCUCCGUCAUGCUGUUCGGGAUGGUGACCAAGUUCUGCAGUGGCCACGCCCCUCAUUUCCCCAUGAAGAAAGUCCUGCUGCUGCUUUGGAAGACUAUUUUGUUGACUCUAGGAGGGUUCGAGCAGCUGCAGAGCAGUAAGAUCGGUAAGCGUGUGGCGUUGGGUUUACCGCCACUGCCUGAGGACAGCAUCCGUGUGGUGAGGAGCAUGAGAGCCGCGUCACCGCCUGCGUCCGCAUCUGACCUCAUCGAACAACAGCAGAGACGCGCUAGGAGAGAACACAAGGCUCUGAUAAAACAAGACAAUCUAGACGCAUUUAACGAGAAAGAUCCUUAUAAAGCUGAUGACGCUCGUGAGGACGAUGAGGAAAACGACGACAAUGACAACUCUCUGGAGGUGGAGCCUUUCCCGCUGGAGCGUGAUGAGGUCAUGCCCCCGCCCAUACCCCACCCCCCCUCUGAGAGAGUCUGUUUCCCCAAAGGACUGCCCUGGGCGCCUAAAGUCAGGGAAAAGGAUAUUGAGAGCUUCCUGGAGUCUAGCCGGAGUAAAUUCAUCGGUUACACACUGGGAAAUGACACGGAUACAGUCGUUGGUUUGCCCAGACCUAUACAUGAAAGCAUCAAAACUCUCAAACAGCACAAGUAUGUGUCCAUUGCUGAGGUUCAGAUCGCUAAAGAGGAGGAGUUUCAGAGGACGCCACUGUCUGGAGGUGAGGAGGAGUUGGAAUUGUGCGCUACAGAGCUCUUGUAUCAGGGUAUCCUGCCCAAUUUACCACAGUACAUGAUCGCUCUACUGAAGAUAUUAUUGGCUGCUGCUCCCACAUCUAAAGCUAAAACCGACUCCAUCAACAUCCUGGCAGACGUGUUGCCUGAGGAAAUGCCCACUACGGUUCUUCAGAGUAUGAAGUUGGGUGUAGAUGUGAACCGACAUAAAGAAAUCAUCGUCAAAGCCAUUUCAGCAAUACUACUUUUGCUACUGAAACACUUUAAACUCAACCACAUAUAUCAGUUUGAGUACAUGGCGCAGCAUCUGGUCUUUGCAAACUGCAUUCCGCUGAUUCUGAAGUUCUUCAACCAGAACAUCAUGUCGUACAUCACAGCUAAAAACGGUAUCUCGGUGCUUGAUUUUCCACACUGCAUUGUCCAUGAGCUUCCAGAGCUUACCGCAGAGAGUCUGGAAGCUGGAGAUAAUAAUCAGUUCUGCUGGAGGAACUUGUUCUCGUGUAUUAAUCUGCUGCGAAUCCUCAAUAAACUCACCAAAUGGAAACAUUCCAGGACGAUGAUGUUGGUGGUGUUCAAAUCGGCUCCUAUCCUGAAGAGGGCGCUGAAGGUCAAGCAGGCCAUGAUGCAGCUCUACGUGCUCAAACUGCUCAAAGUUCAGACGAAGUAUCUGGGGCGACAGUGGAGAAAGAGCAACAUGAAAACCAUGUCCGCUAUUUACCAGAAAGUUCGUCAUCGCCUCAACGACGACUGGGCUUACGGAAACGAUCUGGACGCGCGCCCGUGGGACUUCCAGGCAGAGGAAUGCGCGUUACGUGCCAACAUUGAACGUUUCAACAGCCGACGCUACGACAAGAGCCAAAGCAAUCCAGAAUUCCUCCCAGUGGACAACUGCCUGCAGAGCGUGCUGGGUCAGCGCAUCGACCUGCCCGAAGACUUCCAAAUGAACUAUGACCUCUGGCUGGAACGCGAGGUCUUCUCUAAACCCAUUUCCUGGGAGGAGCUUCUACAGUGAGUUCUGAGGCGCCUGUAACGUAUUUUAGCGCCUCUUUACUACAGCGGGAGAAAAUCACUUUAACGCUGUGUCCUAACCAGCUGUGAUGCGAUAAGAUUAUAGCGACAAGUAAUUUAUUUAUUCGUAUUUGACUGAAGCGACACAAUCACAGCCAAUCAGACAAUAUAUGACGAUAAAUGUACCAUCAUGAGGAACACCGUUUUGGACCAAUGAGAGUUUACAGUGGGCAUAGCUACCCGGUUCAGCGCUACCCUGUUGCGGCUAGUUCAAAAAGUCGAAAGAGCUUGUCGCUUUAUCGCGUUGCAUCUGAAUAGGACACAGUGUUGGGAGUAAUUCUCUUUCAACGACACUACACUUCAUUGAGUCCAACAACAGGGACCAUUUUCCGUGUGCUUGUGUAAUAUAAUCCCAAAUCUGCCGUAAUGCCACAAUUUGUUUUACUCUUAGAGGUGGAAGUGUGUUAGCCAUAUGUGCUGAGGCAAUUUGACAUGGUUUGCUUUUGCAGCUUUUAAGAAUUGAUUAUCUGUAACUAAAUAAUAAACCAUAUGUUGUUGUGAAAGAUUUAUCCUGGAGUGUUUUGAUGUCUUUUUCAGCAAACUGCUUUAUGUAUUAAGUACUAAAUGUAAUACAUGAAUCCUGUCUGUGGA